CAACAUGAUUCCUAUAAGCAGCCUUGGGUCUGACUUAGGGGAUCUUAAACAAAAAUGGCUAAUCCACCAAACAUAAAGGCCUUAGGUUGCUUUCUUCUUCUCCUCAAUCUUGUAUCUUUUUCAUCUUUUUCUUUUGCAUUGACUGAUAAUGAAGCCGCUUUCAUCGCUCGUCGUCAGCUCACGGCUGGCACGGGUGAUCUUCCAAAUCUAGUUGAAUAUGAAAAGAACAUUAAGUUGACAUUUGCAAAUGGUAGGCUAAAGAAAGCUUACAUUGCUCUUCAAGCUUGGAAAAAAGCUAUUUACUCUGAUCCAUCAAAUUUUACUAAUAAUUGGGAAGGUCCUGAUGUUUGUGCAUAUAAUGGUGUCUUUUGUGACAAUGCAUUAGAUGAUCCCAACAUCUCUGUUGUUGCUGGUAUUGAUCUUAAUCAUGCAGACAUCGCGGGGCAUCUCCCUGUUGAGCUCGGGUUCCUAGCCGAUGUUAGUCUUAUUCACAUUAAUUCUAAUCGAUUCUGUGGAAUUGUCCCUAAGAGUAUUACGAAUCUUAAACUUUUAGAUGAGAUUGAUUUCAGUAACAACCGUUUCGUGGGGCCAUUCCCUAAGGUUGUGCUAGAGUUGCCAAAUCUUAAAUAUCUUGAUCUUAGGUACAAUGAUUUUGAAGGAUCAGUGCCUUCUGAAUUAUUUGACAAGAAUCUUGAUGCUAUUUUCCUAAACAAUAAUCGUUUCCAUUCUACCAUUCCUCCAAAUAUUGGCAAUUCCAAUGCCUCAGUUGUGGUUUUGGCUAACAAUAAAUUCCAUGGUUGUAUCCCUCAUAGUAUUGGCAAAAUGGAAAACACAUUAGAUGAGCUUGUUUUCACCAACAACAAUCUCUCUGGUUGUGUUACAGACGAAAUCGCUAAGCUCAAGAGCUUAACGAUUUUCGAUAUCAGCAGAAAUAAGUUUGUUGGAUCCUUGCCUCAGGGUUUGAAAUCCAUGCAGAAAGUUCAAGUUCUUGAUAUUGCAUCAAACAUGUUUAUUGGAGAAGUUCCAGAGGCUAUUUGCACCUUACCAAAUUUGGCUAAUUUCACAUUUUCUUACAAUUAUUUUGAUGCCUUGGACAAAACUUGUGCACCACCGCUUAAGAAAAAUCUUGUGGUAGAAGAUAAGGAAAAUUGUUUAGGAGGAAGACCAGACCAAAGAAAAGAGAAAGAUUGUCAAUCUGUUUUGAGCAAACCUGUGGAUUGCAGUAAAGAUAAAUGUAGAGCUAAUAAAGAAGGACCAGCACCAAAGGAUCCAAAUCCCCCUAUGCCACCCAAAAGAACUCCUUCAACCCCAAAACCACCUAAGUCUAAUCCACCCAAGAUUUCACCUUUACCACCACCCGUGGCAUCACCGCCUCCGCCAGUGCCAAGUCCAAAACCAAAACCACCUCCGGUUCACUCUCCACUACCACCCGUGGCAUCACCGCCCCCACCANCAUCACCUCCACCUCCAGAGGUGCCAAGUCCAAAACCAAAGCCACCUCCAGUCAACUCUCCACCACCACCAGUGACAUCACCUCCACCUCCAGAGGUGCCAAGUCCAAAACCAAAGCCACCUCCAGUCAACUCUCCACCACCACCAGUGGCAUCACCUCCACCUCCAGUGCCAAGUCCAAAACCAAAGCCACAUCCGGUCAACUCUCCACCACCACCAGUGACAUCACUUCCACCUCCAGUGCCAAGUCCAAAACCACAGGCGCCUCCGGUCCACUCUCCUCCACCACCAGUGCCAAGUCCAAAACCACAACCGCCUCCAGUCCACUCUCCUCCACCACCAGUGGCAUCACCUCCUCCUCCAGUUCACUCCCCAUCACCACCAGUCCACUCUCCUCCACCGCUAGUACCAUCACCUCCACCUCCAGUUCACUCCCCACCACCACCAGUUCAUUCACCACCUCCUCCAGUUCACUCUCCACCACCACCACCAGUUCACUCCCCACCUCCUCCAGUUCAUUCUCCACCGCCACCAGUUCACUCACCACCACCUCCCGUCUUUUCUCCUCCUCCACCAGUCCACUCCCCGCCUCCGCCUAAACCUGUUCAAUCACCACCUCCUGCUCCAUUGGCAUCUCCCCCUCCACCUGUUUUCGAGGAUGUUAUCCUUCCUCCAAACUUGGGAUCAAUUUACGCAUCACCACCACCACCAAUUUUCCCUGGUUACUAA